GAGCUCAUACAUUCUGCUCCCUCAAGACUGGUAACAUUGACUGACAGUGUUGGUCAUGUUGUUGUCCAGUUUAGUGUUGAUGCUGCUGCCAUUACUGUGUCAUGCUGCCACCCUCACCCUGCCCACCCUCACAGACAGCAAGGAGCCCAGCAGACGAAAUUGGCCCAUGGACAACAGCUUACAGACAUUACACUGGUUAAAGAUGCUGCUGGGAGAGCACCCAGACCUUGGGGAAGACCAUUCUGUCUUUGAUGUUCACAAGAGUCGACCAGAUGUCCGUCCUAUAUUGAAGAUCAAGCGCACUGAAGGCAAGAUUCCAACCAUGGACAUGGGCCUCGGUAAGAGGUCUUCGGCUUACGUCCCGUAUUUUAGUUUAGGUGGGCCGGCAGGUGUGCUUUCCGACAUGAGGAAAUUCUUCAAUGAGCUGCGAACAAACCUGGACAGUGUGGAAGAGGUUGCUGCCCUCAGUCAGGAGCAGGGUGGUGUGCUUGACCCAGCAGAGUUCCUCGCACUUCUCGCCAAGCAUGGAGCACGGAUGCAGGCUAAGGAAGGCAGUAUAGGCCACCCACCACCAGUCAUCCACACUGGUCAACACAUGUUUGGCUAUGCCACUGAUGACCAGCCUUAUGCUCACUCUGGCCUGGGAAAGUAGAAGUGUUGUGGCAUAAGACCAGCAGCACAAGAGUCAAGUGGAACUGCAGGAGAUUGCCCGUCCUGAUAACCACACCCCGGCCUUAGCAGCAAACACUAAAGCAAUUUGUGUUAAGCGUCCAUUUUUUUGCUAGGGUGUUAACACAGGUCUACCAGCAGGUUGCAAAAUGAAAUUUUGUCUUCACUUGACCAUAUGUGACAAUGUACAUGAAAAUGUAUUUCUUUACUCAAUUUUUACUUGAGAGAAAUGCUGAAACACAAAAUAAAAUAUUAUGAUA